UUUCCCGACUCGACAAGAAACGUUGCAUCUUAGAUCUUCAUGCGACUCAACGUCUCACUUAUAAAUUCUUAAUAUAAUGGAGAUUCACGUUACAGCCAGCCGAUUUAGAUGACAUAAUUGAAUAUCAACCGUAAUAAAAAUUAAGACAUAGAAAAGAGUGAAGGAUAAUUAUAUAUGAGGUGAGGAGAGGAAGUUGACUGGGCAGCCACAACAACAUCUCUGGAGUAACUAUUUUGUAUGUGGCCACCAUCACCCUCUCUAUUAUAUUACUAUAACUGGGAAACUCUCUCGCGUCUCCUCACCAUUUUGACGCUACAGCCUGCCUGACUUCUAAUGAUGUCAGUCAUGUCAUUAGAAGUCAGAGGAUCGAGCCUCCAACACUCCUUACACUGAAUGCCCAACAAGUUUAGCACCUCGUAAAGACUGAAGAACUUGCUUGCUUCUAAAGAAGAUGUGAACAGAGAACAAAGCCUUAAACGAAAGUGCAGAAAUGCUUACCUGCAGAUACUAUGCCUUAUGAUAAAUGUAAUAACUACUGCAGCUAGAGAAAGCCAUUCAAGUGAAACCCUCUCAGCUUCAGAAGAGAAAGAAAACGAAACAUGGAUACAAGACAGUGUUAGUCUUAAGUCCGGCCCGGUGGCCUGGUGGCUAAAGCUCCCGCUUCACACACAGAGGGCCCGGAUUUGAUUCCCGGCGGGUGGAAACAUUUCGACACGUUUCCUUACACCUGUUGUCCUGUUCACCUAGCAGCAAAUAGGUACCUGGGUGUUAGUCGACUGGUGUGGGUCGCAUCCUGGGGGACAAGAUUAAGGACCCCAAUGGAAAUAAGUUAGACAGUCCUCGAUGACGCACUGACUUUCUUGGGUUAUCCUGGGUGGCUAACCCCCCGGGGUUAAAAAUCCGAACGAAAUCUUAUUCUUAUUCUUAUUCUUAUGCCAGGAAGACGAAAAAAAUCGGCCAUAGGCCGUAAACGCAAACAACAUCGCAGUAAGGUUGCUGUAUGCAAUGAAAAUGUAAAUCAGGAAAAAGAAGAAAAGGGGGCAUCUAGCUCUCCAGUUAAACCUGUAAGCAAGCGAAAGCAACUGACUCCAAAAAAAGUCAAACAACAGCAACCAACUCCAAAGAACGUCGAUGUAAAACUCCUCUCUGACAUCAUAAGUAUAGCUUCACAGGAAAACACUCCAGAAACGAGUGCUGAGAAAGAAAAUGUCGAAGAGACACCUGUUGAAGAAACUAAGAAGACACGAGGAAAGAGAAAGAGAAAGCAGCCUCAUAUCCUGAGCAGUGAAUAUGUCCUUGAUGAUGAUGAUAUUGACUUGGAUUUAGAUUCUUCAACAGAGUACAAACCUCCAAAGGAAUUUGAAGAAGAUCCUGAUGAGUUUGAGGAAGAUGAAAUAUGUAAGAAAAAAAGGUCAACCAAAGGAAAAACCACAAAGAUUAAAGAGGAACCUAAGAAGAAAAGACAAAAAAAAACUGAACCAAAAAAGAAUCAAGAAACACUUCAAGAUUCUGAAACAGAUGGUAGUGUUGUUAAAACUGUAACGAAGAGAAAGUAUGUUAGAAAGAAAGCUCUUGCUAUGGCAGACACAUCAUCACUUAGAGAUAUACCAGAUCUUUCAGAGGGUGAUGACAAAGUAGUGAUCAAGCCUAAAAGAGGAAGAAAAAAAAAAAUAAAACCUAAGAUAGUGAAAAAGAGAAUGUUAAUGGAUCGGGAGAUUGAGUAUGUGGAAGGAGAAGAGACUGAAAAGGGCAAAAGCUGUAAAUCCAAAAAGGAUUCAAAAUAUGGCCAACCCUAUUCCGUCACUGGAAGCUGGUAUAUUGCCUCUGGCUAUUUGCAAGAUUUGACACAUCUUCUGCAGUGUUUCGAAGAAAUUCAGAGCUGGAGAUAUAAGGACUUUGCCAUGUGCUGGCAGAAAAAGAAGUUUUCCCUCAUCUACAGGGGUCGUCAGAACUUCAAGGAGCUGCUAGAGUUCUCAGAAGAGGUGGCAUUACUUACUAAGAGAUUCUUGCUUCCUCCACACAGUUUGAAGUUGAGGAUUGGAGCACUCUACACCAUUUAUGGUCUCUACUAUAAACACCCUUUCAGGCACUUCUUCAAGAUCCGUCUUAUCAGAAGUGAAUAUCAAGAACUUGUGGACUUGGUGGAGAAAUUUCGGACCAGUGUAGACAAUCCUGACCCAGCAUACAUUUUUCGCAAGAUGGAAAUUGAAGGGGCCUACCAUCAUGUUGCCACUUCUAGUGAGAUGGGUUUGGACUUCUAUUCUUCGGAACGUGAUGUGGUUGAUGUAAAAUACGAGUCUCAACGUCUUGCAAAUGCAUCACCUGUUGUCACUGCCCUUCCUCCCGAGAAGCGAGACGUUGACAGUCACCUAUUACAGCAGUAUUAUAAGGUCAAAGCUGUUGCUAUGGGUGAUGGCAAAGAGCCAGAGAAAGCUAUCCACCUUGUUCAGAUGUCACUUCCAGAAGAUGUUGAUAAGGCUCUAAAGCAGCUGAAGGAAGAUACACUCGUUGAGCUGGGUCUAAAGGAAACAUACAGUAAGACAUCCACCACAGAUGCUGAUGGGAAUCAUCUGUCAGAGAUAGGUACCAGACGUGCUCAUAUCAGAGCAAGAACAGUGACUGUAGAUACAACUGAAGAGUAUCUGAAGAAAAAGGGACUAGUGAAGACUUUCUCAUUCAAAGGAAAGUCAGGAAGAAUGGUACGUAAAAGAAGACUUUUGAAACGUCAUAUGCAAAAGACAGGCAAAAGUGAAAAUGUAGAAAGUGAUGAUGAUGAUGAUGAUGAUGUCGCUAAGCAACCAGUUAAUCGUGUCUAUAAAGAUAUUGGAACAGUGCUGGAUAAGAAUGUACGUCAGUUCAUGAGCCCACCCUCAGCUUGCACUCUUAGUAUGCCAUUGAAACCGACAGAGAAGACUGAUGAAGCUAUUUGCAAUAAGGAAGACCAAGAAGAUGGUAUUGGUAGUGAUGAUGAUGUGAACAAUGAAGUUGCAGAUGAUGAACCUUUAGAACAAGACGAUAUACAAACACCACCAAAGAUUAAAAAUGUCAUUUCUUCUAAUGCUGACCAGGAACAUGAUGAGGAUCUUGUUUCUCUUCCUGAAGUACAUCUGCCUCCCAAACGGAAGCGAGGACGGCCAAGAAAAAAUGCUCUUCAAAAAGCUUUAGAAAAUUCAAAAAGAAAAAUUUCAUAUAAGCCAGUAUCAUCGUUAUGUUUUGGGAGAGGAAAAACCAGGCCAUUAAGGGAAUUGCUGAACGAUGAGCUGUACAAUGGUAAUUCUUCAAUUGGCAUUCAAGGAAACCCAACAAUCAUUGAUUUGCCAUCUGAUCAGAUUAAUAUUAGUUUGCCAGGGAAAUAUGCUAAUGAUAAUGAUGAAAAUCUUACAGGCAACACCUUAAGAGAAACAUGUACAAUGACUGAUUUUGAUUCUGAAAAGGAUACUAUGCAAAGUAAUGAUUCUCUAAAUCAUGACAACAGUUUUUUAACUUUAAAUGUGCAAUUUAAUAAUGUACAAACUGAUAUCAAGAGAUGGAUGAAAUUCAGAAUAAUGAAAAGUGUUUGGAAAUCUAUUCAAAAUGAUGAUAAAAAAACCAAAGCUCUGAAGAACAAAUUGCUCAAGCUUUUAUCACCUGGUGAAACUGAGAGCGGUGAAAUAGUUGUAGCCAUUAAUGUUUCUCCGUCUGUAAUUGAAGAUAAUGGUCAAUGCCUUCCCCGUGUUGAUGUGAAACCGAAUCAUACAUUUAACUCCUUUCAUUGCCAGGAUACAAAGAACUUGAUUGAAGCAGAGGUAGUGACAUCACCACCAAGAAGAAGAAGUAGGGGUAUGAAGUCUCAUAGAAGAGGCAAGGUAACAAUGGUACCUAUCAACAUAGGUGGUGUUAUCCGUUAUUUACCUUCAACUCCCUAUUUAACAGGAGAUGCUGAUGAUUCAGAAGAGCAAGACAAUGAGUCAUUUCCAGUGGACGCUGUUGAGUGUACCAUCUCUGAGGAUACUCAUAUACUGGAUAAAUAUCAAUUAGCAGAUUCUUUGGAAAGCUCAAACACUAGGGAAGAAUCUCCAGAUAUAAAAUUGGUGUCCCCACAACCUGAGGAUGAAACCAGUGGUAACCAUCAGGACUUUGUACAAACAUCAGUAAUUUUUGAAGAUGCUUCUAGUUCAGGGACAGAGGCUGAGACUAUUGCUGAUAUGUACAAUAAAGAAAGUGAUACAGAAAGUCAAGUAGAUUCACAUGAAGCAUUGCCUAAUGACUCUAAAGAUACCUUGAUUAUUAAUAAAAGAAGAUUGGUUACAACAAAGAAUGAUAAGUGCAGUGUUGUUGCGAAAAAUGUGAAUAAGAUGUAUAUUCCUCAUGAUGAAAACCUAAUUCAGAGUGUGGAUAUGGAUGUAAAUAAUUUUGAUGGGUACAUAGAUUUGACAGGACUGCCAUCAACCCACAAUUCUGUCAUGAGAGAUAAUCAUAUUAUAGAAGCAGAUUACCAAAGAGAUGAUUUUUCAUAUUCUCAGCCAUCAGUAAGUACUUCAGUUGUUUUUAGUCAUAAUGGUCUUGCACAAGAGUCAACUGAUCAUGCCUUAUGUAAAAUGCAACCACAUGUUGUGCCCAGUAGACCUGCAGCUCAGACAAUUUCAGAAGGAAUGCCUGCACCUUUAACUCUCCAGUGUAGAGAGAUGAGUGUGUCUCACUCUGCAGAAGAGAAUGCAAAGGUGACUGUUGAUCAUCCCCAGUCAGUAGUUUAUUCAUCUCCUACGUCAGUAGUAAUGCCCUUGAAUAUCCCCUUGGCUGCGUCAAGCCCAGUUUCUCUAGCGAAUCCCAUUCAGAAUGUUUUGGCUGAGGAAGGACAUAGUUCUCAUAUUUUGGAUUUCCAUGGAUUGCCACAUAGCUCUCCACUACAAGUAUGCCAGUCCCAUAGUCACAGUGGAUCUCAAACUUCUACUACUUCUGCUGUGACAGUCAGCUAUUCUAAUAGUCCUUUGAAAGUUAUUUCAUACCAGAGGGUGCCUGUUUAUCCCAUAGAUAAUCAACCAUUCAGGGUCAUUGAGGAUCAACCGACUCACCAGCCUGAAUUAGAAAUUCCAACUAGGUAUCAAGAGACUGUUUCAAAUACACACAUGGCCCUGGAAAGGUCUCCAGCUAUGCAAAAAAGAUCUAUUAUUAAUUCUAUGCCGUAUCCACACAAUCCCCAGCAUGGUUCUGUAACUGGUGGAAAGGACUUUUUGCAUACAGGAGAUUGUAAAUUGGUCAAGGUAAAAAUGAAUGGUAAUUUUGUGUAUGUUCCAGUAAAUUCAGUACAAAUGAAUACCACCACAGUGUCCCCAUGCAAACCACAAUUCACUAGUGAAUGUGAAAAUUCAGAGGAGUUACAAGUGGAAAUACUCGAUGCAUCUCUUAGCUUGACACACAAUGACCAAGAAAGUGGCUUAGUUCUUCAGGGGCCAAGUGGUGGUUUUCCAGGCGAAGAUAGUUUGGUUGAUGAUAAAAAUACUGAAAAAUUAAAAGGUACAAUUUUGUCUUCACUAAACAUACUAUCCGAUUGUGAUUCAGUUUCUCUAUCAUCUUCAGUAACAGUACCUGAUAGUAGCAUUUAUUAUAACAUCAAAACAGAAGAUGUUAAAGUAUUUGCCUCAGAGUCUGGGGCUGUCAUUGAUCAAUCAGAAGCAAGUCCUCCCAGUUUCCUAAAACCCAAAAGGACACAAGUGUGCUCAUUUCUUUUUUCACCUAAGUACAAAGCUUUGUCUGCACUGAAAGAGUCAGUUGGGCCAGCAACAGGUACGCCAGUUAAAGCACAAAAGCCCCGUGUACCAUUCUUUUUAAAGCAAUCAUUGGUACCCAAAAAGAAAUCAUAAACUAUUUUGCAGUGUAAUAUCUCGUCAUUAAAAGAACUUUUAUUUUGACAUUUCUAAAAUAAGAUACCAAAAUAUUUUGAACUUUAUAAAAUAAGAUUCCAGAUUAUUUUGACAUUUCUAAAAUAAUGUACCAGAAGGCAUUUCUGUUUGUCUAAAAACUACAAAAUUAGAGAAGCAUUUGUUUUAUUUCGAGUUACGAUAAAUUAUGUACAUAUUAAUUUUUAGCAUAGAUGUCUAAAGUAUUCACUGUACAUUACACUAAUUAUAUAUUUUCUUAAAAAAAAAAGAAAUUGAAAUUGCCAGUAAUGACAAUUCUAAUAUUUUGCUCAUUUCAUAAGCAACCUGGGUCAACCCAGAGGUUAAUUGGAGCUCAGUCCAAAGCCAGUAUUAUGUAACAUUGUGUUGAAUACACAUAGUACAUUUUAAUUAGCAAAGAAGCUUUUUUAUAUCUAAUACUUCGCUAAUUUCAUAAUUUUUUUUUUCACAUUUCCAGCAGUUUAGCAUUGUAUCUUUUUAAUAUACGACACCCAUUUAAUGCAGUAUCAUUUUAUUACUAGUGAAUUUUAUUUAAAAAUUAUUGGAAUUCAUUUUCAAUGUUGAGUUCAUUACAAAAUUAAGACAGAUAAGAUAUUCUGAAUUCUAAUAAUUUAAAGGUAUGCAAAAAAUUCACCCAUAUCAUGACCCUGGUACAGUUGUCAAAAUUGUUCUAUUGCAAGCUCAUUACAUAGUGACAAAGAACAUUUAACAUGUUAUCGACUAUUGAGUAUGACCAAGAAUCAUUAAAUAUCAGUUUUGUA